AUCACGGAUUGUUUACUUUACUGUAUUUAAUUUAACUAUUUCAUUUCAUAGGACCUCAGAGCCAUACAGCAGUUGGGCCCGCUCAUGGCGGAUGAGUCUGGUUGUGGUGAUGUCUGCUCGGUCAGAAUCGACGAACCAGUUUGCCAGAAAGACAGGGCUACCAACAGCUCUCUGCUCAGGACUACGGCGGUGCUCUCGCUGGGCCCUCAGCGUGUGAACUGCAGCGUGCAAUGCCGGAGAGACCUGAUCUCGUCUCUCGUCGUGCUGAGCGCUGCUAAUACACCUGUCCUUUCAUCUGUUGGGGUGGUGAUAUCUAAGGAUGGCGUGAACGGCACCCUGAAGCCGUGCACGAGACUGGUGCGACCGGUGGUGACGCAUACGUUGCGGAAAAAAGAUUCGAACGGUCACCGCGAGUACCACAAGCUGUCGACAAACCUCCUCCCCGGCAAGUUGAACGUGGUGCUCAUCUGUCCCGCCGGCUACUACCUCAUGCAUGAGAAUAAGAUCUGUGCAUCGUGUCCCCCGAACACGAGCUCGGCGGUGGGCGACAACACGUGCACGGAGUGUCCGCGCGGCACCCGCGCAGAGCCCGGCGCCGCCGUCUGCAGCGCAGGAGACACACAACCGCGCAGUGGUGGUGGUACCCCCCCUGUGGGUACAUGGUGGCGUGCGGCAGUGUGCUGUGCGGCUGUCUGGUGUGCGUGGCGCUAGCCAUGCUCGUGCACGUCGCGUCCAGGGACGCACCCGAUGACGACGGGAGCUAUCGGAAGAGGAGUAAACCGAAGGAAAUCAACAGCGUGCUAGCUGCGUACGCGCACACGCCGCGCACGCGCCCGCUAUCUCCGUCGCGCGUCAUACUCGCGAGGUUCUUUAAGCCGUCGCUCACGUCUUCCAGGGCCACUGAUUCACAAGAAACCAAAUUCGAACUAUGGAAGGAGAGAAAUAUGCCGCCGCCAUUACCGCCCAUCGAUUUUGACAUUUGAAACUGUUUAAAUUCAAAAUGGCGCCCGCUUGAUACGUCAGUUUCAUUUGAAAACUAGGCAAAGACAAUCGUGAUUCCGCCGAGAACGGAGAACAGAUAAAGAUAUUUGAUUAGACGAGUCAGAUAAUACUUAUGGCUAAAUCCCAUUGAGUUUGUAGUCGAAAAUAAAGAACUAAUCACGGCUAAACUCAAUUUAGACAAAAGGUUAUGGCGAUAGUCGCUUUUUCGUCGAAUAAAUGUAUCAAUGAUAUAACUAGGUAUUAGGUACUUUAUUUAAUCUAAAAUACUAGAUUAAAAGGUGAAACUUUUCGAAUAAAUAUAUGGCAGCCCCUCAGAUACGAUUAUAAAUAGACGAAAUUAGAAACAUGAAUUAUUAUUUACUAGAAUGCAGAGUGAUUUAAAGACAAUAUACAAGAUACGGCAAAAAAUACCGAAAUAUUACAAGUCCGUCAAUGAGAUCAACAAAAAAUAUUUGACAGGUAUUUUUUCAAAAUACUUUAGUGAAAACUACUAAGGCAGUUCCAAUUUGUUUUAUAAUCGGCAAUGACGUCACAAUUGCUCCAAAUAUAAUGUAUAUUUGUUAUGAAAAGUUUGAGUGUCAUAUUGUAAAAAGAAAAAAUACUUCUCACAUUUUUUUACCUAUCUGACGGACAUCAAAACUAUUAUCUAAUAACAAUGCCAACUAAUAGAAAGGUUUCAGCAUUAACCACGCUAGCUCACUGCGGGCGAUUUCAGAUACCAAUAUUUGUAUUCCAUUUUUCCCCACAAUGUUUUCCUUCACAAUUUGACAGAGGUGUCUUAGAAUAAUUAAGAAACUAGGUACAUAAGACAAUAAUAUAAUCACUCUGCAUUAUUGUUAAUAAUAUUUCAAUUCCAAUACACAUAUUGUUAAUUAGUUUAUAGAUUCUAGGUCCACGUAUGCAAACUCCUCAGAAUGACAUAGCUUAGAUAAUUUCAGGUUUUUCAGUUUUCUACGUACACUGCAAACUUUGUAUAUUCGUGUACAAAAGAUGUUUUGUAUUUAAGUGUAUUGUAUUUUAAUACUUUUAGAUAUAGUAUUUUAAGAAAGCGCUGUAGUUAUGUUAUAUUUUAUAAGUAUUAUUUUCUUGUCCGCACUGAUGCUUUGCUUAGUUGUAAUAAAGUUCAGUGGUGUUA